GUUAAUUUUGAAUUUCAAGAGGUUGAAGAGGUUGAGAUGGUUGAGGCGUUUGCUGCUGUUGUAGCUGUUGUAGCAGUUGCUAUUAUUGUAGUUGUUGAAGUGGAAGAUAAUUUCUUGAAAAUGAAUUCAUAUUAUCGUUAUUAUAUAAUUUUGAAAAUUUUACAUUUUCACGUUCUUCAAAAAUAUUUGCCUACUGAUAUUUUGGAAGUAAAG